AUGGCAACGCAGUACAACAACAACUACGGCGGCGGCUAUGGAGGCUCCAACCCCUACGCCAGCCAGGACCGCUACGACAACCCUCCCCCAACUUACGGCCAAGCGUCAGCACCAUACGGUCAGAACUACGGGCAGAACGUCGAGAUGCAGCCGCUUAACGCGCCCUACCCCUCGGCGACCCCCGAACCUCGCGACCCCAAUGCCAUCCUCAACGACUGCCGCGCGGUCGGCAGAGCGAUCGACGACCUCGAGAGCCGUCUCCAAGAGCUGCAGCGUCUACAGAAGAACUUCAUCUCCGGCAGCGGCGCCUCCAACAAGGAUGUCGACGCCCUGUCGGCGGAUAUCAUGAGCGGAUACCGUGGGCUCGCAGACCGUGUGAAGCGCAUCAAGGGCCAGCCGGAUGCUACCAACCCCCGCAACAAGGCACAGGUGGAUGCGCUGGACAGGAGGAUACGCAAGGCCAUUCAGUCGUACCAAUCCCAAGAAUCCGCCUUCCGCAAGGAUGUGACCGAGCAGCAACGACGACAAUACCUCAUCGUGCGCCCCGACGCUACAGAAUCUGAAAUCCGCGAAGCCACCGAAUCCGGCGGCGACACACAGAUCUUCCAGCAAGCACUCCUCAACGCCGACCGCAGAGGCCAAGCCCAAAGCACCCUCCGCAACGUGCGGGAACGCCACGAUGCGAUCCAGCAGAUCGAGCGGACGAUGAUCGAGCUGCAGCAGCUGUUCCAGGACCUGGACGCGAUCGUCGUGCAGCAGGAGGCACCCGUCAUGGCGAUCGAGCAAAAGGCAGAGGAGACGCAUACGCAUUUGGAGGCCGGGAAUGUGCAUGUGGGCAAAGCCGUGGAUAGUGCGCGGGCGGCGAGGAAGAAGAAGUGGAUCUGCUUGGGGAUUUGCGUCGCCGUCAUCCUCAUCAUUGUCCUCAUCAUUAUCAUCUACGGCGCUACCCAGGGGUGGUUCAAGAGCAAGGACAACAAUAACAAUAACAACAACAAUGGGAACUAG